CAGAGGAGGGACACUGGAAAGGGAUUGCGCGUUGGAAGACAAGACGACACAGAGACAUAGCUAACUAGCUAGCUAUGUUGUUAUAGCGGUUUUAUAAGUGAACUUAGUGAUUUAAAUAGUUUUGUUCGAUAUGAAAAUGUUUAAUUGAGUUUUUCGAGAAUGCAUAUUUGUUGAAACACUUCAACAUGGACACGUAGAAGAAAAAGUGAGAAAAUGUAGUAGCUAAGCUAACUCUGGGCAGCUUAUUAUUAACUAAACUCAACUGGACUUUUACAAGAACAAAUGUUCCAGCUUUUUUAGGAAAGUUACCAACUUGCUUUAUCAUGUAACAUUGAUAUAUUUGAGUAAACAAACGAAAGUACUCAAGUAACUUGAGGCUUAUUCAAGAUUUAACUUGGUAUAUUUGUUUUUGCCAAGUUUGUGAACUGGAAGAGUUGCACUGUGGCAAUCAACAUAAUGUCAACAGCAUCAUCAGCAACCAACUCAACCCAACAGCAGCAACAGCGGGUCAAGCGAAGCGGUGACAGCGGGGUCUCCCCAACCAUCUCUCCGGCCGGCUGCAGCAACGGCAGCACCACCACGAUCCGGUUGCAGCCUAUUCGUGCCACGGUGCCAUACCAGCUCUUGCGUGGAAGUCAGCACAGCCCAACCCGUUCCUGCUCCUCUUCCUUCUCAGUCGCGAGCAACACAGAACCGACAUCGACGUCCCCUUGCAACAGUCCCUCCAGCCCGACGCAGCUGCUGCUCGCGAACCCGGGUGGAAACGGCUCGGUGGAGGGCAGGCUGGUCGCAAGGCAGAGACGCUCGCCGCCGGACAGCAAGAGCUCACCUGAGCGGUGUCCGAUCUCGCCUGUUUUCAAAGUAGAGAGGUCCAAGCCCCAGCAGCGUAACUCGGGAGCCAUCCGGCGGACUUCCUCCCUGGGUGCCAUCACCGGCCCCUACCUUACCGGCCAGUGGCCUCGUGACCACCACGUGCACUACCCCUCAUGCAUGAAAGAUAAAUCCACUCAGACACCUGGAUGUUGGAGUGAAGAAGCAGGAGAGAGGAGGAGCACACACCAGCGCUCUGCGUCUUGGGGCAGCGCCGACCAGCUCAAAGAGCAGAUAGCCAAGCUCCGGCAGCAGCUGCGUGGAGGUAGUAAACAGCAGCAGGGAGGUCGUCAGUCUCAGUGUCAAAGAGACAAAGACAGCCUGUCUACUUUACAGGGACCUAACAACACCAUCAACACCACCGCCAACCAAGCACAGUGGUCCUGCAUGUCUAAGUCAUCUCAGAUGUCCAACAUGACAGUGCCCAAGUCAUCCAUCACCAGAGUGCCCAGCAGCAUGGAGGGAAUCAACCACGAGCUGGAGAAGGUCUUCAUCAGAGACAAUAACGGAGAGAAGGAAGAGCUCAAGGUGUUGGAGGUACCAGACGGGCGGCGAGCCCCCUUUCCCCCCCAACAGCGUAGCAGCAGUACCCGCAGUGUGGACACACAGACUCCCUCUGUCCCUGGCCGCUCCAGCAGUAGUUCCAGCCUGUCCCCCUGUCCUUCUCCUGCCUGCCCCCCGGGGUCCGGCUCACACGGGGGCAGCCCUUACUCCACUGACGAUCUGCUCUACGACAGGGAUAAAGACAGUGGCAGUAGCUCUCCGCUGCCUAAGUUUGCCUCGUCUCCUAAACCCAACAACAGCUACAUGUUCAAGAGAGAACCCCCAGAGGGCUGUGAGAAGAUCAAGGUGUUUGAGGAAAUGAGCUCCAGGCAGUCAGCCUCCGUCCCUCUCUUCUCCUGCCCCGACAAGAACAAGGUCAACUUCAUCUCCACCGGCUCCGCCUUCUGCCCCGUCAGACUGACCCCCGGUGCCCUGCACCUCUCUGUGACCUCUCACCCCGAUGAUGACCCCGAGGCCGGCCCCAGCUCAAUGAUGUCUGCAUUCUGCCGUGUCCUCCCCUCUCAGGUCCACACCUCCACCAGCACAGACGACGCUCCCACCCCCGAGGAAGCUGCUCCUGCAACGCCCACCUCUCCCCAGCAGGGGGAGACACUAGAGACUGCCCUUCAGACAGACAGCCUGGCCGUCAGCUAGACCUGGGCAGAGCUGGCCUCUGUCACAUGGUUCUGUUUCUUAUUGCUAUUAUUAAUUUGAUUAUUACGUCCCCACCACCAUCAUCAUCAUCAUCACUGAAGUCUGGUCUCCUUUCUCUAAAUUACCUCCCCUCCUCUCUGUCUCUGCUGAACUGUACUUACUCUGCAUGGCGUAGUGCUAGCAACAAUGUACCUGAUGAUGACGACAACAACAACAACAAACAACUGAGAAAACAAAGACAAGUGUCCCACAUGUUCCUAGCCUAUUCCUAAAGCACUGUUCCUGUCAGAGAUAGACAUGAUGUUCUUUAACAGCACGUAAUAAGUAGAGAUAUUGGACGCUGGCAUGGGAUGGAUGGGAAGAAAAUUAGACACUUUGGAUAAGGGGCAUGCGUUUUAAACUGGCAGUGUGUUUAAGAUUAAAGACAUGCUCCGGUACUUUGCCAACUAAAAAAGUAUAUUUUAAACCUUCCGCUUUGGGCUGGAUGUUUCAAUGUGUGGAUCAUACAUGCAUAAUCUAUGAGCAUAAUUACUGUCUUCCCUCAAUUAGCCACGAAAUUCCUAGUUUGAAAGCCACUAUUUUCUUGAAGAUGUGCUGCGCCAUUUCUUCUACAUUUCCCCCACAUAGGCCAGCCAGCCCCCUAGCAAUUCGAGUUCUAGCCAAUGAGCUUCAGCCCCUGGCAUUUGAACGACAGCUAAUGUUAUCCAAUGAAAAUUGCAGGUUGGACCUAAUGGCUCAGCGAGAGAGAGAUCAAUCGCAUAUGUGAAGUAGUACGCAAUUUUCAGGGACUACUUUUGGCUCGUGUGUGCUACUUUCAGAACUACUGGCUAAAAAUGAUACAAAAGUACCGGAGAAUCUCUUUAACUUAUGUGUUAUUGUGUUCUGUUUUGACAUUCUCCACAGUAUGAAUAAGCUCUGUACACCAUAUUACACAUUAUAUAUCUUGUGAAAAGAAAAAAAACAACGCUUGUUUAAAUAGAAAACGGUGUAUUGCUGUGUUAUGUUAUGUACAGUAACAGAGAAAGGAAGAAAAUGUUCAGGAUUUAUGUUUACACAAUCCAGGUUAUGUUUCCAAACCUCCUUUGAAACAUGAAAAGAAUAAUCAAAAAAGUGGGGGAAAAAGACAUAAAGAAGAAAAUUCUAAAUGGCCGCAACAACCCGUUGCACAGUCUCCAUUGCGUCUGGCCUUGCUUCAGGUAUAUAUCACAAACGGAGUCUAAACUCAGGAAAUGUGGAAUGUAUGCCCAUAUUCCAUGACACAGGUUGACUCGGCUCCGACUGCAUUUCCUUGUUGAAGCUUUGCUUUCUCUCAUUCCAGAUUCCAUUCCAUAAAUUCGGAACCUUUUAUUCCCCCUAGACAUGGUGUUAUGAUGUGCUGCCCUAAGACUUGACCUGUGCUUGGUUGACAUGAAAGGUUGACUGAGUUGUUAGCAGUGGUGGAAAAAGUCCCCAAUGUCAUACUUGAGUAGAAGUAUAGAUACCUUAAUAGAAAGUUACUCAAGUAAAAGUUUUUUUAAAAGCAGGCUGCACAUUUUUCUUGUUUUUAAAUUGUAUGGAUGGCCAGGGGCAUCCAUUGUAUGGAUAGCCGGGGGCACACUCCAACACUCAGACAUCAUUUCCAAAAGAUGCCUUUGUGAGUCCGUCACAAACAUGUACUUUUGGGUGUCAGGUAAAAUGUGUGGAGUACAAAGUACAUUAUUUUCUUGAGGAAUGUAGUGAAGUAACAGUUAAAUAUAUAAAUAGUAAAAAUAUAAAUAGUGAAGUAUAGAUACCCAAAAAAAUGACAUAAGUAAUAAUUUAAAGUAUUUUUACUGAAGUACUUUACACCACUGGUUGUUAGGUGUCUUGGCUGUCUUGUCUCACUAUGAGUGACUAGUAACAGACCAAGACCACUGUGAGAGAUAACGGCUGUGCAUGUUUGAGAGAAGUCUGUAUUGGCCAUGACUGUCGAUGCCUGACAAUUCUGUGUGGUCAACCCUCUGCAGCCGUUAUGCUGUGGUCAAGGUCAGGUAGCAACUUCAGUGUUCAACUUCAGGUCAAUCUGGGUUGACUGGUCCUAGUCAAGUCAUGGCCUGCAAGUAACAUCAAAUAAAAUAAGCAUUUGAUUGGUUACAUUCAGGUGACGUCCAGUCUGAGACUGUUUUAAUAUCACAUAGACAACAUAAUUAUGCUUUACUAUUGAUUCAUAAGACAUUCCAUGAGAUUCUAGCUGGUUAGGGGUCAAGAAGACUCAUCAAGUCAUGUCCAAACGUUGAUCUUUAGGCUCUCCAGUGCGCUGAGUUUAAGGUUUGAUUAGAGAGGACCUAGUAGGUUUAUUGCACCUGCAGAAUUUGUAGAUGUUUCAACUUUGGAUUUCUAAGGGAAGGAGUAAACUGUCCCGAUCCUUAUCCAGUCCAUGUCUUUGUAAAGCAUUACACUUCAGAAUGUCAUGACUCAUGAGUAAUUAUUGACAUCAUCUUCCCCAAAGGAAGCAAUUCUCCUAUGAGCGUCCCAUGUUUGAUUCUGUGCACAAUAAUUCCCUCUGCAGAUUUGUCUGUAACAUCAUUCUUGCAUGGAACACAACACCACCUGUACAAUGAUUCCUUUAAUAAGACCUUCAAGUCAAAGAUAAACCAUAAUCAGAAACAUUAUUUAUUUUGAUAUGCUAAUGUGUGCUUGUGGAAUUCCUGUCUGCAUUGAUACUCUUGUUCGUUGUUAGAUAUACUAUAUGGCUUUUAAAAAUAUCAAUGCAAUGUUGAUGUUGUUUUUAAUCAUUUAGCACCUUAUUAUCAAGCGAUAUAGCUUAUCCAAUGACUUACAUACAUUAACUAUGUGGCAUUGGUUAACUAGAUGUGUGCAAUAAUAGACAAGGUGUUGGUGUCCGUUGGGUCGGAUAUGUUUCGCUUCUUCUUCACCACUCCCAUUUCCUCUCUCUCAUUCCUUUGGUUUGGAGUAUAGAGCCAAAUCAGCACUUAAGCCAGAUUCACACUAUAGGACUGUACUGUGCUGGCUCUGAUCAUUUAUUUUCCAGCACGGUUCCAGCAACUACAGUGGCUCGGCUCAGUAGUGUGAAAAGCCUAACAACCUGUUGAGAAAGCCAUUACUCGACACAUAAACCAGCACUGGAUAUGAUGUCACAAGAGCACAUAAUUAUUGGCUAGCAGGUCAUCAGUGUUCAUCAGCUCACUCAAUCAGCUCGCUCCUCAUUGGAUCUGUGGGGGAAAAGGUCAUGCACAAACACAAUAAAAGGAUUGGUUGUUGAUGUGAUUAA